UUCUGUUGGUUUUUCCACACAGAACCGUUCUCACCUCAUCUUUGUUUUCUUUCUCUAGAUCGUUAUAGGCACCACUGGUUUCCUGACAGACCACAGAAAGGUUCUGGUUACCGCUGCAUCCGGAAACAUGAGAUGGACCCUCUGAUUGGUGCAGCGAGUCGGAUGGGCCUGAGUGCAGAGCGGCUCUUCUCGCUCCUCCCCCGAGAGCUUACUCUGUGGAUUGACCCCUACGAGGUGUCGUACAGGAUCGGCGAGGACGGCUCCAUCUGUGUCCUGUACGAAGCAGAGCCUCUGGCGUCCUCUCCGGCUGCGUCCGCACUGUCGCCGUUUGACCCUCUGAACUGUAAGAAGGGUUUCAUGAUGAACGGCAGGACCAGUCCUCCUAAACACUACCUCAUGACCGUCUCGAGCUGAGGGGACAUGAGGACAUGAAGCUGUGCACAGGACCGUUUAACCUUUCUGAGACUUUCUAUUUCUUGACAUUUAUUCUUUUGUUUACUCCUCAAACCAUUUAUUUUACUAGUCGAAAGCACUGCCUAAUGUUCCAGGGAUCGCACAUUCCUCCACUUGCACCGUAGGCGUGUGCCGAGACUCGCUCUGAAUCCUGCCAAAACUGAUUAUCCCAAGUUUUAUGAGGAGGGAAAACAGCCUGUAGCUACUGUCGUGUCUCCUUUUCCUUGACUUGAUCUGCCACAAAGUGCUGCCUACCUUAGGAACCUCCUCCUGUGUGGAAUGUGAAGCUGGUAAUGGUCUUAUUGCCCAAAUCUGCUGCCUGUGCAGGGUCCCUCCUCCUCCUCAGGGAGGAUGAAGGUGAUGACCUUGUGUGUGACUGAUUAUCAGCACAUCCCUAACACACUGACGCACCAUCGUGUGUUUUAAUAUGGUGGUGGUUGUUUUACACCCACAUCAAAGCUUGGGUGUGUGAGACGAUGCUCAGUCGCUCCAUCUCUUACUGGUGAGGUUGUUUUUAUAAACAACAUCAUCAUCAUCACCUUUACGGUUGUUGUGGUUGUUUCUGCACAAAGUGGCUAAUUUAAAGGAGCCCUGAAGUUUACUGCUGCCUUAAACACUGAACAUUUCUACCUGUGUGCAAUAUAAAAGGUGCCCCAAAAGUAUUUCCUCCUCUUGCUCCUCUUCCUCCUCAUCAUGAAUGUCAUGAAAUGAAUCUCAGUGGAAAAGUAAACGCGCCCCUCUUGCACUCGCCUUCUGUAGCAUUUUCUCUCUGAGCUGCUGAGCAGCUUGGUGUUUACUGGGUUUAGACGGAGACACUGUAGUUUGUAAGCUAUCUGAAGCAGUGUAUGCUUUUAUUGUACACUUUUUUUUUUUUUUAAAUGGAUUUGUGUAUAAUAGAACUGUACAGUUUUGUGCCAUUUUUGUAUUACAAUAAAGAUUUAUAAAUAAGUUGUUCUCCA